AUGACAGGCGAGUGUCACAAGUGCAAAAAUCCCGUCUCCAACCCAGUAAAGUGCCCGAAUUGUGCUACAUCAUUUCAUCAGAACUGCAUCAUUGUGAAUACGAAGAGCAAAACUUGGAAGUGCGAAAAGUGUUCAAAAGACAUUUCUACAACAUCAAUCUCAGACAAACGGGACGUGGAAAAUAACAAUUCAAUAUUAAACGCCAUCAACGAAUUUAGAAUUGAAAACAAACAAAAUUGGGACUCCAACAACAAAAGAUGGGACGUAAAUGAAGGUAAACUAAAAGAACUACAGGAAGACAUUAAGGCUACAAAACUAGAAAUAACACUCAUAAAAGAACAGUUCACGGAAGUUUCAAACAAGUGCGAUAAUGCGUGUGCAGCUGUUGAAAAAUUUCGCCAAGAAAACACUCUAUUAAAAGAUGAGCUAGCGCAAGUGAAAAACGAUUUGGUAGACUUACAGCAACAUACGAGGAAGAACAAUAUCCUAGUGACAGGUAUACCCGUAACAUAUAGGGAGGAUAUGUUUACUGUGCUGGAUGCAGUUGCGAGAGCGAUCGAUGUGAAUUUCAAUUAUUGCAGUGACAUUUCGGCAGUGCACAGACUCCACAAUCGUAAAGACGACAACAGGCCACCUCCGAUAGUAAUCAAUUUUACAUCUCGCAUAGUAAAAUCUAACUGGUUGGCCGCGAGACGUCUCAAAGGCUCUCUCACUGCUAGUGAACUCAAUGUAAAUUUUCCGAAUACUCCUGUGUAUCUGAAUGAGCAUCUUACUACUUUGACACGAUCUAUAUUCAAUUCAGCCAGACAACUAGUCAAAGACAAAAAACUUCACUCAGUUUGGACCACGGAUUGUAAAGUGAUGGCCAAAACAGCCGUCGGCCAACGUCCAUUCCGUGUCCGGGAUAUGGAGCAUAUCGCAGAGUUGACAGAAAAACGCUUCGAAACAUCUACCUACGCUAACGCUGCCGCUUCGGAGGUUCCUAGGAACAUGACCACCACACAACAGGAAGCCGACCAACAAAACCCUAAAUAG